AUGAAAGCAUCGCUUAUUUUUAGUCAUUCUGGAAUAUAUGCUCCUUGUGGCAUUUCUAGGGAUAUAUAUCUAGAAUACGGUGAUAAAGCUGAAAAUUUAUAUGGAACAAUUGAAUUGCCACGGUAUGGUCCAAACUGCGCAACAAACAAAACUGUACAGUGCACAUUGGAUGAUUCAUUGCCCUUUUGUAGUAUAGUUGUACCUUCCAAAUUAUUUGGGUUCGUUCCAACACAACCCACCGUAGAUUUCUGUUACUUUGAGCUCAUACAAAGCAAUCGAAUACCCGUACUGGAAAGCGUAACAUUCAUGAUUAAUGAUCAAUUAUACUCAAAACUAAUGGAUCUAUCGCAAGAGACCCAACAACAACAAUUUUUACAUUACAAGUAUGGCAUCAAGUCCGUAGAAACUGUGGUUCAUUCUCGAGAUAUUUUAACAUCCAGUCUCUGCCAGAUUAUAAAUUGUACACCUUUUCCACAAGGUUUUAUAGAUUUUGCUAAAACUGAACUGGUAUUGGUCAAGGAUGUUGAUCAGAAACUAAGAGCUGUAAAAUAUAGCAACGAAGAUGAUGAAUAUGCAUUACCUAAAAUAGGGACAAAUUCUGCUUUGUCCGUUAAGCUUGAACCCCUCCCCUACGCAAUUUCGAAAGAUUUUCUUCGACCUAUACCUCACAUCAAUGAUGACGAUUCGAUAUAUGCCUUUACAAACGCUGAGACUCUCUUACGCCUGGAUGUCACGAGUGGAUCUUUUGUAACAAUAUCCAAUAUGGGCUGUAUCAGACUAGUCAAGCUGUUUGUUUUAUUACUCCCGAAUAACUUUGAAAAAAACACAAUAUACGUACCGCCUAAAGUGAGGGCCAGCUUUCCUGAUUGUGAUACCGUGACAAUUUUAAAGUCAAACAUAGGCUAUCCAGAUAUUCCCAUUGCUAAUGAAGUUUUCAUUUCAAGAGUUGGGGGUUGGCUUCAAUCUCAAAAAUUCCUUCAAAAUAUUAUCCUUAAGGGUCUAAAGAAUUUCUUCAGUGACAGUAAAAGAAUUCUUUGUCAAGACGAUUUGAUCCCAAUCGCUUUUGAUUCUAGUUUGGCUGAUGUGGAUAUAAUGGAGGAUAACGAUGAGACUGAUGAAGAAGAUGGACUAAGCCAGUACUAUAGAAACGAUUCGCUUGUAUGGUUUAUCGUGACAAGCGCAGAAUUUGAUAUCUCCUCUAAAGACAAUGCUUAUUUUAUUGUUGAUCCUCAUCGCACAAAACUUAUUACCACUAAUAUUAUUAACAGAAGACCGUUGUCUUUAAAAAAAUGCAAUCUUCAGAGAUAUUAUGGAUUUGCUGAAGAUUUCUAUUAUGAUAUGCAUACAUUCCCUUAUGUAAAGCAAUUUGUCAAUAUAUUAGAAACCUCUUUCAACUGUUCUCAAAAAGGUAUGUCUCUUAGUGCCUCUGUUUUGCUAUACUCUACUACUCACAAUGUGGGAAAAUCUACGAUGGUGAGAUUUGCUUCAAAAUACCUUGGUGUGCAUCUAUUAGAGAUAGAUUGCCUUUCACUGACCUCAAAUUUAAGACAACUAGAUUCAACUUCGAAAAUUAUUGGUUACAUAAGAGCCAAAUGCGAAAAUGUACUACCAUACACUUCUCCCGCUGUAAUAUUUUUGGCCCACCUGGAUUCAAUUUUGCUUGAUAUAAACUCUAACCAAGACACAGAGGCAAUAAAACUACAAAAAUCCAUAAACUUUGAAAUGUCCAAACUGUUGACCGAUUUUACGUUUAAAUUCCCAGGAACUACAUUUGUUGGCUCUGUAAAUAACAUAGAUAGUGUCCCUUCCAGUUUUAGAUCCCAUAUGAGAUUUGAGAUUCUUGUGCCCGUUCCGUCUGAAUCACAAAGACUGUGCAUUUUUCAAUGGUACUUAUCUUCAUUUGAACUGAACAAAGGUGUACAGAAAAAUGUUCCAUUAUCCCAUAAGGACAACAUUUCGUUUCCAUCACUCUCUUCACAUUCUGCCGGUUUAACUCCUUUCGAUAUUAAAUCAAUAGUAAAAACAGCACGAAUGACGGCUACUACACGGUUUAAUCAAGAAUUAAGGAAGUUUAAAUGGCCCUCUUAUUCAAUCUCGAUAACCCAGGAAGACUUAUCGAAAGCUAUAUCGAAAGCUAGAGACGAAUUUUCAGUCUCGAUUGGAGCCCCACAAAUUCCGAAUGUAACCUGGGAUGACAUAGGUGGCAUUGAUUCUGUCAAAGGUGAAAUACUAGACACAAUAGACAUGCCUUUAAAACAUCCUGAAUUAUUCACCUCAGGUAUGAAGAAGAGAAGUGGUAUAUUAUUUUAUGGACCACCUGGUACAGGUAAAACUUUAAUGGCUAAGGCUAUUGCAACAAAUUUUUCUUUGAAUUUUUUUAGCGUGAAAGGUCCUGAAUUGUUGAACAUGUAUAUCGGUGAAAGUGAAGCUAAUGUACGUAGAGUCUUCCAAAAGGCAAGGGAGGCUAAACCUUGUGUUAUUUUUUUUGAUGAAAUUGACUCAGUGGCACCCAAACGUGGCAAUCAAGGGGAUUCUGGUGGAGUUAUGGAUCGUAUAGUUUCUCAGUUACUAGCCGAGCUGGAUGGGAUGAGCACCGACUCUGAUGGUGUAUUCGUUAUUGGUGCGACAAAUAGGCCAGACUUAUUGGAUGAGGCAUUACUAAGACCAGGAAGAUUCGACAAACUGUUAUACCUUGGUAUACCGGAUACCGAUGCUAAACAAUUGAAUAUUUUGGAAGCUCUAACCCGUAAAUUUGUGCUAGAUAGUGAUGUGAAACUCAAUGAGUUAGCAAAUUUAUGUCCGUUCAAUUACACCGGUGCUGAUUUUUAUGCUCUUUGUUCGGAUGCGAUGCUCAAUGCCAUGUCAAGAAUUGCACUCAUAGUUGAAAAGAAAGUUUCCCAAUACAAUGAAAGCGCGAGUGAGAUUAUUUCUACACGUCGAUGGUUUGAUAAGAUUGCCACAAAAGAUGAUACUAACGUCGUUGUCAAAAUGGAAGACUUCUUGAACGCACAAGAGCAGCUUGCCCCAAGUGUGUCACAGGCUGAACUGAAUCAUUAUGUAAUGGUGAGAGCUAAUUUUGAAGGCACCUAA